UGGCAGCCACACCCCCCCUCAGUGGCAGCCACCCCCUCAGUGGCAACAGUGGGCAGUGGCCACCAACCCCCUCAGUCCAGUGGCAGCCACUUCAGUGGCAGCCACCCCUCAGUGGCAACCCCCUCAGUGGCAACCACCCUCUCAGUGGCAACCACCCCCUCCAGUGGCCAGCCACCCUCAGUGGCAGCCACCCCCUCAGUGGCAACCACCCCCCUCAGUGGCAACCACCCUCAGUGGCAGCCACCACCCUCAGUGGCAACCACCCUUCAGUGGCAACCACCCUCAGUCUCAGUGGCAACCACCCUCCAGCAACCCCCCCUCAGUCCAGUGGCAACCACUCCCCCAGUGGCAACCACUCCCUCAGUGGCAACCCACCCCCUCCAGUGGCAGCCAUCCCCUCAGUGGCAACCACCCCCCUCAGUGGCAGCCACUCAGUGGCAACCACCUCCCAGUGGCAACCACCUCUCAGUGGCAACCACCCCCCAGUGGCAGCCACCCCCUCCCCCUCAGUGGCAACCACCCCCUCAGUGGCAGCCACCCCCUCAGUGGCAACCACCCCUCAGUGGCAGUAACCACUCAGUGGCACACCCCCCCUCAGUGGCAAUCACCCCCUCAGUGGCCACCCCCCUCAGUGGCAACCACCACCCAGUGGCACCUCAGUGGCAACCACCCUCAACCACCCCUCAGUGGCAACCACCCCCAGUGGCAACCACCCCUCAGUGGCAGCCACCCCCUCAGUGGCAGCCACCCCCCUCAGUGGCACCCCCCCAGUGGCACACCACCUCAGUGGCAACCACUCAGUGGCAACCACCUCUCAGUGGCCCCCCCAGUGGCAACCACCACCCAGUGGCAGCUCAGUGGCAGCCACCCCGCAGUGGCAGCCACUUCAGUGGCAGCCACCCCCUCAGUGGCACCACCCUCUCAGUGGCAACCACCCUUCUCAGUGGCAGCCACCCCCCUCAGUGGCACACCCCCUCAGUGGCAACCACCCCUCAGUGGCAACCACCCCCUCAGUGGCACCACCCUCUCAGUGGCAACCACCCCAGUGGCAACCACCUCUCAGUGGCAACCACUCCCCUCAGUGGCACUCCCCUCAGUGGCAACCACUCCCUCAGUGGCAACCACCCCCCUCAGUGGCAGCCAUCCCCAGUGGCAAUCAGUGGCCACCCCCUCAGUGGCAACCACAGUGGCAACCACCCCAGUGGCAGCACCCCCCUCAGUGGCAGCCACCCCCCUCAGUGGCACCACCCCCCUCAGUGGGCAGCCACACCCCCCCCUCAGUGGCACCACUCAGUGGCAGCCACCCCCCUCAGUGGCAACCACCACCCUCAGUGGCAGUUGUGGCAGCCACCCUCAGUGGCAACCACCCCCCUCAGUGGCAGCCACCCCCCUCAGUGGCAACAGUGGCAACCCCUCAGUGGCCAUCAGUGGCAACCACCCCCUCAGUGGCACCCCCCCCCUGGCAACCACCCCCCUCAGUGGCAACCACCCCCUCAGUGGCAACCUCCCCCUCAGUGGCAACCACCCUCAGUGGCAGCCACCCAGUGGCAGCCCUUGUGGCAGCCACCCCUCAGUGGCAACCUCAGUGGCAACAGUGGCAGCCACCCCUCAGUGGCUCACCCCCUCAGUGGCAACCACCCCUCAGUGGCAACCACCCUCCCCAGUGGCAACCACCUCCCCAGUGGCAACCACCCUCCUCAGUGGCAGCCACCCCCUCAGUGGCAGCCACCCCCCUCAGUGGCCACCUCCCUCAGUGGCAGCCACCCUCUCCAGUGGCAACCACCUCAGUGGCAACCACCCUCAGUGGCAGCCACCUCAGUGGCAACCAAGCCCCUCAGUGACAACCUCCCCCCUCAGUGGUAA